AACCAUGUUCCCCACUCUUGCUCUUGGGUUGCUUGCUGUGUCUGCUGGCGUCGAGGCGAUAGCCAACCCCGUCCACAGCCCUGCAAAGAUAAACUUGUCUUCCCGCAGAAUAAGGAACCCUCCGAGGCCUUCGGUCUCUUCACAGAGAAGGGCACUGUCGCCCGCUAACUUACCUUUGACCGAUUUCUUCAAAGGGACAGACCUUCAGUGGUAUGGAAACAUCUCUGUAGGGACACCAAGUCAACAAAUUACCGUCGUUUUCGACACUGGGAGCUCCACUCUGGAAUUUGCCAGUAAACAAUGCGGGAGCGCCUGUAGUAACCAGGUUCAGUUCGACACGUCGAAGAGCUCGACAUACAAGGACGGUGGCAGGACAUCGUCCAUCAGCUUUGCCACCGGCGUUGGUGUCGACCCUGUCCAGAGCGACGAUGACUAUACUCUCACCCUGCGCAGUGGCUCGGACGUGGUUUCUGUCGGCGGUCUCGAUGCCGGUCGCGUGUCACUGUUCACCAUCACUGACCAGACGCCCAAGUUCAAUAUUGACCCCUUCAGUGGCAUUCAAGGAAUGUCUUCUCAAGCUCAGGGCUUUUUCGCCGCUCUCAUCAAGAAGGGUCUUCCGUCUUUGUUCAGUCUGUACCUGACCCCGCAGAAGGCCGGAAACGCGGAAUUGACCAUUGGUGGCAUCGACAACUCCAAGUUCAAGGGCGACCUCACAUAUGCAACUUUGUCUUCCAGUGAUGGCGACUGGGAGCUGAGUUCGUCAGGGAUCUCUGUUAACGGCAAAACAACCUCUGCCCUCAAAACUGCUCGCGAUAUCAUCUUUGACUCGGGAACGAGCAAUAUCUUAUUUGACACGACCACUACUGAGGCAAUUUACGCUCUCAUUUCGCCUGAUAUCGUCGCCAAUGAUGACGAGCCUGGUACUUACGGGAUCGCAUGCUCCAAGAUUGCGUCCUUGCCCGCUAAGAUCGACAUCCAGUUUACGUCAACGGCGGGCAAGGCUUUCAACUUGACUAUCCCCAGCAGUGAACUCAGCGUCGGUCCAUUUGCAAGCGACCCGUCCACGUGCCAGACGCUCAUCAAUGCGAUGGACGGGCUCGAUCUCGUCGGUGGUAGCGUCCUGAAGCACUACUACAGCGUUUGGGAUAUUGGAGGACAGCGCAUGGGCUUUGCUAGCAAUGGCCUUUAAGCACAGGUGAGAUCGAGACAAAUUAAAAUCGACGAAGUGUAAUCUCGCCUUGUAGUAUACAUGAUCUUCAUUCAAGUAUAUGGUCAGAAUAUACGAUUUUUUGAUUUU